AUGAAAUUACAACAAUCUACCAGUUCUUCAACAGCUUCUGAAAUUACUGAUGAAUAUUUGAUUUGGUUGAUAGAUGUAUACGAUAAAAAUGGUGCUGUUCUACCAUUGAUAGGAAUUAAAUAUUGUACUCAUAACGAUGAGUGUAAAUGUCAACGAUGUGAGCAGAAUCGUCGAAAUAAAUGGCCUUAUACUGAAUCAUUAGCUGCAAAUCUAUUAUAUUUAUCAGGUUUUAAAAUAGAUGAAAUUAAUGUAAUUCAAGUUAAAAAAUUUGACGAGUGUCUCUUUAGUGAUUUUAUCAAAAAUAUGAAUGAAUUCUUUAUUUAUGUCACUGAUUUAUGUAAUUCAAAUAAUGAAUAUGGUUUAUAUAUAUUGAAUUUAUUUAGAAACGGAUCAUUUAAUAAGAAAAUUUAUCAUGGUUUAACUCCUGCUAUUAUUCAUAAUUAUUAUGUAAAGAAACAAACUUCCAAUUACUCGGUUAAUUAUAAAAUAAGUAAAUAUUCUAUUUUACAAAAACAAUCUUCUAAUUCGUUUUAUUUCUAA